AUGCCGCAAAGAUCUAACUGUAACAGUGGCAGCGAGCCUAAAGGCAACGAGCAGAACGGCAUAGAGCCACCAGACACGGCCAAGGUCGAGGACGACGUACCGGCCUGUCAGUCUUGUCGCAAGAAGAAGGCGCGAUGCGAUCGUGCUCAGCCAUGCUCUCAAUGUGUCCGGUUCAAGGUCACUUGCGUCUACGAUGACAGGAGAAUGAAGCCCGGUCUUCGCGCUGGUGCGGUCGACCAACUCUACCGCCGCAUCGAAACCCUCGAAAACAUGUUUCUUGGACAGGAGAUGCUGUGGCAACAAGUAUGGCAAGCGCUUCAUCCAAAUACAGCUCUCCCUGAGCAGAUAAAAAACGGGACCGGCGAUACAGACCUGGAACAGCGACGAGAACAAUUGAAAAACCGUUUGCUGGAACCUGUGCCUUAUACAGAGCGUGCAAACGGACAAGAAGCCCACAAUGAAAGUAUGGACGAUGUGGAAGCAACUACCCGCGCAGCAAAGCGCCGCCGACUUAAUGAGAACGCCUCUUCGACCCCUUCAAUUGACGUUGACGACGAUCUGACUACGAUCUUGCCGCCCGAAGUUAUGGACGAGUUAGUUGAUUUCUACUACGUUAAUAUUCACCCCUGGAUACCGGUCCUGCAUGUGGCCAAGUUCCGCGAGCGCAUGCGAUCUCCAGAACAUCGCCCGCGAGUCGCUUGUAUCCUCCAUGCAAUUAUAGCAGUUUGCGCCCGAUUUUCCCAAAGCGAAUUUCUACAGAACGAAGAUUUUAAAACACGAAUCGCCGAGAAGAGUCGCCAAAAAGUCAUUUUGGACAGUACGGAGUCUUUCUCUGUUGAAAAUUUGCAGGCCCUUGUCAUCAUUGCUUUCGAAACUAUUGGUCGCGGUCGCGGGCCUUCAUCAUGGUCAAUUGUCGGAAGCAUGGUGGGCACAGUGGAACAGCUACAGUUGGGCGUCGAGGAGGAUGCACUUUACCGAGGCACAAACGCGGGAGAGACUUUAAUUCGGCGAAUGGUCUUCCUGAGUCCCUCCAAUUCGUGGAGCGAAGUAGAGGAACGUAGGAGGGUGUUCUGGACCGUUUUCCUGAUGGACCGAUUUUGCAGUGUCUCCACUGGGUGGAAGAUCAGUCUAACAAGCGCCGAUGUGAAGCGCCGUUUACCGUGUGAAGGUGCUUUGUGGGAGAGGGAGCAGGCGGUUGAAGCACCAUACUUUGGAAUCUCAGAUUCCAGGGACAAUGCAUCAAGUAGCUCCGUCCUCAACGGAAAUAGAGCAUCAUCGAAUUCGGACGAUCAAGAUGCUAUCGGUGGAUUUGCCUACAACAUCGAAGCCACCGAAUCACUCGCCUUGGUCACCAACUUUUUCCUUCACCAUGCCUUCAUUGUCAGUGAUGCCGAAAAGGCGCAGGUCUGGCUUAUGAAGUUUAAAGAGUUGGAUUUGCGACUGAUUCAAUGGAAAUUAUAUCUACCUUCGAAGUGGCGGGAAGCUUCAGUCCUAAAUAGUGAUGGAGUAAUGGACCCUAAUCUCACACUGGCUCAUAUCACUCACAACACCGCUGUUAUACUUCUCCAUCAAGGGAUCGCGUAUCCCCCGGCUCAUUGGCAGUCUUGUCCAAUAAGACUCCCAUCCGCUUCGUCUGCGGAAACCUGUCUAGAAGCAGCCUCUGAGAUCGCGACCAUCGGUCAUCAGUUUUUGACAUUCUCGCCAAUUUUUACCAAUCCUCAAUUCUCCUUUUGUCUUUUUAUCGCUGGGAGGAUGCUUCUAGCUCAUGCGAAAUACAACGGAGUCUGUUUACCACCAGCGUUUGACACACUAAUCGCAAGUCUCCUGGAAAUUUCCCAACGUUGGAAGGGAAGAAGCGAAACAUCCAAUUCACAAAAUGAAAAUCUUGCCUCCAGUUUCGCCAAGCGCCUGAUCGAGGCUCAGAAUAACUCGGGCGCCGCUCCUCGACCGAGUCUGGAUAUUCGUCAGACUGCAUACUCAGACGAAUCAAAGGAGCAACCGCCCCAACAACCUACAUUCUCAGCCUCGCCCUCACAAGGCUCGCUGUAUUUCCCAAAAGCUGCAAAUGCAGUGUCUCCAGCGAGAUAUAUGAGCAGAGAGGGAUUUCAAGACUCGUUCAGCCUUGACCCGUUUAGCCUAGCGUUCCCGCCACUUCCUCCAGCCUUUCAACAGGACUUCCCCGUGUAUACAAGAUCUGAUCCCAUGUCAGUCUAUGCACAGGCUACUGGGAAUCAAGUAUCCUCACCUAUGAUGAUGGGUCCAUCCCAUCAGAAUUUCAACAUGUGGCAAGGUUCGGGUGCAAAUUUCGGACAUGGCAUUGUCAGCCCUCAAGAAGACCUAUCCCAGGCCUUUAGCUUGACUCCAAGCCCAGGCCAAAGGAUCAGUCGCUAUGGCGGUGCACAAAUUGAGGGUCCAGUGGUGAAUGGCAAAAGCCCAAAUGUUUAG